AUGAACGUGUUCUCAGAAGCUAAAACUGCAGGUCAACUAAUGCUGCAACGAAUCUCUCAUAAUGAAAACACGCAGAUCGACUAUCCGACUCAAAGCGUUUUCAACAUACCAGAGUCAAGAGAAGAAAACGGAUGGGAUAUUGUCAUAGAUCGCCAUGAACUUUCAUCCGUAUUCCAUGUCUUGGAGCACAUAGGGAAAAUCACCAACUCGAAUUUUAGAGAGAAUUGGGUUGGGAUUCUGGCUAGCCAUUACGGUAAAGCUGAUCGUACGUUGGGUCAGACUAUUGGGGGUUUAGAUGGUCAUUACUAUUACGCAAUGAAUACAAAGAAUGGGAUAAUCAUAGCCAUUGAUUCGGAGUCACCCUACUUCACUAAACAAUUAAAGGCACAAGCAGCAGGCGAGCCAAAAAACAACAUAUCAACAACUACUCUCCAGACAUGGUCCGACAUAACCUAUCUCACAUGGCAUGAAGAAUGCACUCAAACAGCCACCCCCCUCAACAAUCUAAAACACAUAAUCCAAUCGCACAUCACCAACCCCGGAACAAUCUUCGUAAUCACAGAGAUCCUGGAGGGAGAAAAAAUAACCUUCCCGCUAGACGGAUUAACAAUCGAUAUCAAUGAUUCUAAAGGGCAUGGAGCUGCGCUUCUGGGAACACCGAAUGGGAAAGGUAUUGGAUGGUUACUUGCGCAGCAUAAGAAGCAGCUUGGGAAUGCGAAGAUAGUGAGUGUGGAGAUUUUCCACAGUUUUCAGGUGGGAUUUCAAGAUUGUAAUGAGGAUACUGGGGAAUUGAUCGCGGGGAGAGAGAAUAUGUGGGGAGUUGAGAAUCGUCGCCGUUAUCUGAAUUUGGACUUUACUAUACGGUGUGGAUGA